AUGGACCCCGCCUCCAUUUCUUUUCCACAACCGCCGCCGCCGCCACCACCGCAGCACCACCAGCAGCACCACCAGCAGCAGUACCACCACCACCACCAACAGCAACCUCAACAGCAACAGCCACAGCCGUCUCAACCACUCUCACCAAGAACCAAGGCUUCGCUGUCACACGAACUACAUAAUAAUAAUCACAACCAUCUCCCACAACAAUCGCAUCAUUAUCUUGCCCCAAGUCUCUCAUCGCAUUCGAGCCUCGAUCUGUCCGCCAUUGAUACUACCGAUCCUGUCUUUCAACAACACCUUCAACGGCUACAGACCGUACCCGCUGUCCCCGUCGUCCAGGGCGACUAUUGUUCACAUGCUCAAGAUGGCUUCGAUCACGAGCCAAAUGCCACUCAAAUGCUCCAGCACUCUCAUAACGAAACGACUUCCGACCUCCGCAGAACUCCACAUCAACACCAUGCUUCUCUCCCGCCGUCCUCGCACUCGGCGCCGCCAGCUUCCAGCCAAUUCGGUAUCUUAACGCCCAAUGGCAUGUCUCCAUCAGGUUCUGUGCCCCAGUUUCAACAGGAGGAGGAAAUGUUCAUACAGUCAGCACAAGCCAAUUCCUCAACUGCUGAAGCCUCUGAGCAGAGACCGCAUGGCCAAUUGGUUAGCAGGAUAGUCGUCGAUCCACCUGAUCUGCAAGCUUGGCGCGAAAAGUUGUUCAAUGUGGACGAUACCAUCAUCUUGACCAAUGACCAAUUCGAGACAUACUUCCCUCAUAUCGACAAUGUUUACUCGCAUCGUUCUACGCAAAAAUACAAGCGCAAACCGUUUAUAUCGCAUUACUGGGACUGCCGAAUGAAGGGACGACCGCCCGGAACGCCAAAAUCGGAUGACCCUUCUAAGAAGAAGCGCAAGCGGAGCGCACGAGAGAGGGAUCUAUGCGACGUCAAAAUAAAGAUUACCGAGUAUUUCCCAGGAGCCACCAUCCUACCCAGCGAAGGGGAUGCCAAUCCUAGCCUAGUCUCGCCGAGCGUUUACCAAGCUCCACAGCAGCAGAUGUUCAACGAUGGUCUACAACGGACCACGGAUGCCCAUCUAAAUGGAGAAAAAUUCUGGACAAUACAACGAGUCAAUGGCAAUGGCGGGAACGGUAAGGGCGAUGGUGUCGCCGGUCCCCAUAAGCAUAGCUUGGCAAAGAGCGAUGAGAUCAAGAAGUCAACCGUACAGAGGUACAUUGCCGCGCAGGAGAAGGAGGCGAAGAAGAUUCAGAAACCUUUACCGAGGAGAAUAUCAGGGGCUGCACUUGCAACGGCAAAGAAGCACUCAAAGGAACACGAACUCAAGCUCUACGCUGCUUGUUUUUGCCCCUUUUCACAAAGAGUAUGGAUCGCCCUGGAAGCGAAGGGUAUGCAAUAUCAGUAUUGCGAGACAGAUCCAUUCAAGCGCCCGACCCAGUUGCUAGAAGCAAAUCCGCGUGGCCUGGUUCCGGCUAUUCGCGAAGGUGACUGGGCCAGCGGCGAGAGUGCUAUCAUUCUAGAAUAUCUUGAGGAUCAUAACCAAACAGUGCCGCUCUCACCCACAGACCCAAGACUGAAGGCUAACUGUAGGCUAUGGAUCGACCAUAUUAAUGCAAGGAUCGUUCCGGCUUUCUUCGCUUUAGCGAGGGCUACCGAUUUCACAAAGCAAUCAGAAUACGCAGAGAGACUCCGGAGUGAGAUAACGGCCCUUGUCCAAGCUGCUAAUGACAGAGGGCCAUAUUUCCUUGGAGAGGACCUAUGCCUCGUAGACAUCCACUUCGCUCCCUUCGUCCUUCGAAUGUCCCGCAUACUCCGCGAGCUUCGUAAUUGGGGCGAUCCCGUGCCGGGGACUCGCUGGCAACAAUGGGCCGACGCCCUCGAGCAGAACCCGCACGUCCAGGCCACAACUAGCCAGAAGGAGCUCUACAUCGAAACGCUAGACCUCUUUCUUAACAGCCGCCAACCCAAUGGCGAAUACUUCGGAUCGUAA